AUGAAGUUGUUUACAGCUACUGCUGCUGCUGUAUUGACUGCAGUUGGUGUUAUUGACGCUUUAGCGUUGCAAGAGCCAUUUAACUUGGUCCAAGAGGACAGAGAGAAUGAAUUGUUUUUGAAAGCCUCAAGUUACUUCAACGAACCUUUGGAAUCAUUGACACAGGAGACAAGAAAGUUGUGGUCAGAUUUUGUUUUCAACACUGAUACUUUCAAGAGUUUGAGAAAGACAGGUGGCAAAGCUAAAAUUACCAAACAAGACUUUGAUCACCACGUCAAGGAUGAGAAACAUCCAAACCAUGGGUUAAGAAUCAAGGAUCCUUCAAACUUGGGACUCGAUACAGUUCAGCAAUACACUGGGUACUUGGACAUUGAGGACGAGGACAAGCAUUUCUUUUUCUGGGCUUUUGAGAGUAGAAACGACCCGAAGAAUGACCCUGUCAUUUUGUGGAUGAACGGGGGACCCGGAUGCUCGUCCUCCAUGGGUCUUUUCUUUGAGUUAGGACCUUCAUCCAUCAGCAAGGAGAUUCAGCCUGUUUACAACCCAUAUGCUUGGAACAACAAUGCUACAGUCAUUUUCUUGGAUCAACCUGCCAACACUGGAUACUCCUACACUUCCAAGCCUGUCUCCGAUACUGUUGCAGGUGGUAAAGAUGUUUAUGCAUUCUUGGAGUUGUUCUUCAAGCAAUUCCCACAAUACGCCAACUUGGAUUUCCACAUUGCAGCUGAAUCUUAUGGUGGACACUUUGCUCCAGUAUACGCCAGCGAAAUUUUGAGCCACCCAGAACGCUCUUUCAACUUGACUUCGGUCUUGAUUGGAAACGGGUUGACGGAAACAUUGACUCAAUACGAAUACUUUCAGCCAAUGGCCUGUGGAGAAGGUGGCUCUGAAGCAGUUGUCGAUCCUCAACAAUGUCAGGUCAUGGACGCUACAAAGCCGCUUUGCUUGUCGCUCAUAAAGCAAUGUUACGAUACCGAGUCAGUGUGGAGCUGCUUCCCCGCUACAGUCUACUGUAACGAGGCACAAAUGGGGCCGUAUCAAAGAGCCGGCUACAACUUGUACGACGUCCGAUUAAAAUGUGAUGGAUCCCCGUUGUGUUACGAAAGCCUUGAGUAUAUUGACAAGUAUUUGAACAAGCCGGAGGUAUUAGACGCAGUUGGAGCUGAAGUUUCUGGCCAUGAGUCUUGCGAUGCUGGAAUUUACGCAAACUUUUUGUAUUCAGGUGACUGGAUGAAGCCGUAUUACAAAAAGGUGGUUGAUGUUUUGGAGAAAGGGGUUCCAGUUUUGAUCUAUGCAGGUGAUAAGGAUUUCAUUUGCAAUUGGUUGGGCAAUCAAGCUUGGACUGACAGGUUGCAAUGGAGUAGCUCAGAGGGCUUUGCCAAAGCGCCAAUCAGAAACUGGGAAGUUAAUGGUGAGCAUGCUGGUAAUGUCAAGAAUUUCGACAAGUUUACCUUCUUGAGAGUUUUUGGUGCAGGUCAUAUGGUUCCAUACGACAAACCAGAAAACUCCCUCGACAUGGUCAAUAGAUGGAUAAACGGUGACUACAAGUUGUAG